CAUUGAAUGUAGCCUACACGAGGCAAUGUGACUGCCACCACUAUAUUUAAACUAAAUACGAAGAUCAACCAACAUUAAAAAGGUAAACUCGAAGUAGGCUACUCGUUUCCACUAUAUUGGAAUACGUGAGAGAAGGGAGAAAGGCUUUUUCUAGCAAUUUUAGCCUACAUUUUGUUUUGCAACCCUAUCAAACAGGAGCUCGCUGAAAUAGCCUGCAUCAAGAGUUCGUUGACAAAAUAUAAAGACAAUAACAAAGGAGCAUCAAAAGACAAACAAGAGAAAGGAGAUUCCGAACAGCAUGACAAUAAGUAUUUGUCUCAAAGGAUAACACGGAGCGCACGGACCUCUGCUCAUUUUGAUGGGUUAUUGGUGCACGCGACAUCUCUCGAGCAAAGAGACAACUACAGCGCGAACAGGAGCCCUCACGCCGUUGGGUAAUAAUAGAUGCGCUAUCUAGAGACUUGGGACAUCAUCCUCCUCCUCUUCGCUUCUCGACGCAUCGACAUUCGCACAAGCAGACAGUGACUUGAGACUUUUCAGACGAAGACAUCUGGGCUUGAACUCCGUUAGAAGAGGCGGAGUCUGAACUUAUUAAAAGGAACUUGCAGAGGCUGGAUCGCCUGCAAAUAUGAUGAUGUCUCUGAACAGCAAGCAGGCUUUUGCCAUGCCCCACACCAGUUUACCAGAACACAAGUACAGUUUGCAUUCUUCAUCCACCACUCUGACUUCGAAUGCACCGUCUUCCUGCUCGUCCUCCCGCCACAGUAGUACCAUCAGCUCCAGCGGCAGCUCGGAGGCAAUGCGCCGAGCAUGUCUCCCGACCCCACCGAGCAAUAUAUUCGGCGGUUUGGAUGAGAGCUUGUUGGCCCGCGCGGAAGCUCUGGCGGCGGUGGAUAUAGUCUCGCAGACCAAGAGCCACCAUCACCCUCCUCACCACAGUCCCUUCAAGCCGGACGCAACCUACCACACCAUGAAUACUCUUCCCUGCACCUCGUCUUCUUCCUCCGUGCCUAUCUCGCACCCGUCAGCCCUGUCCGGUCACCACCACCACCAUCAUCAUCACCACCACCACCAGCCGCACCAAGCUCUAGAAGGGGAUCUGCUUGACCACAUCACUCCAGGACUGGCACUAGCAGGAGCCAUGGCAGGGCCGGAUGGCUCGGUUGUCUCCACGCCUGCGCACCCAGCCCACAUGGCCGGGAUGAACCAUAUGCACCAGGCGGCUAUCAACAUGGCUCACGCCCACGGUCUGCCGACCCACAUGGGCUGUAUGAGCGACGUGGAUGCUGAUCCAAGGGACUUAGAAGCGUUUGCUGAGAGGUUUAAGCAACGGCGGAUCAAACUCGGCGUGACCCAAGCGGAUGUUGGAUCAGCACUGGCCAACCUGAAGAUUCCUGGAGUGGGUUCCCUCAGCCAGAGCACAAUCUGCAGAUUCGAAUCUCUGACAUUGUCGCACAACAAUAUGAUCGCACUAAAGCCAAUUCUCCAAGCCUGGCUUGAGGAAGCAGAGAAAUCUCACCGAGAGAAACUGAAUAAACCGGAGCUGUUCAACGGAGCGGAGAAGAAGCGAAAGCGCACGUCGAUAGCAGCCCCAGAGAAGCGCUCCCUUGAAGCUUAUUUUGCCAUUCAGCCCCGUCCUUCUUCUGAGAAAAUAGCGGCAAUAGCUGAGAAACUGGACCUCAAAAAGAACGUUGUGCGUGUCUGGUUCUGCAAUCAGCGACAGAAACAAAAACGAAUGAAGUACUCUGCAUGCGUCUAGUUCUGUCACCAUACUUGUUCUAAAAUCAACGCCAGUAUUUUAUGGACUUUAAAAUAAUAAGAGACUAAUGAGAGACUAUUUGUAUGAUAUUUCGUAAAUCACACCUUUUUCAAUCAUCAGUAACGUGUGCUGUGGGCCAGAGUAACUCGUGGCUUUCAAAUUGACUGACUAAAACACUGUCACUUCCAGUACGCAAGGAGGAUGUGGAAUUAUGUAAAGGAUCAAUUGACUAAGCAAGUAAGAUCACCAAUUUUCCCCAUUUAUAAUUCUUCACCGUUUUGUGUGUCAAUGAUGUAUGAGUUGAUAUGACUCAAUAAGAAACGUUUAGUAUAAAUAUUUAGCGAUUUUGAGAGAUUACGCGUUUUAUGCUGUGUAGUGGCCUAGCAACUAACAGUAACGAAAGAAAAGUCCUCUUAAAGAAAAAAAAUAUGCACAGAGGUCGAUUUGUGGCCAAUGGGACGAAUAUUUUACAUUUAUUUGUCACAAGGCGCGUUUGCAGUAAUUCAGGGUGAGCACAAACAGGGCAUCACGGCAGUCACUUGACCUGUAAGUUCUUCAUAGAAUAUAACCAAACAGUUUCUUUGUAAAUUAUUAAUUUAACCGACCAUGCCUAUCUUCACUUCUGUGUAAUUGACAGUUAACUGUGAGCAGGUCUGCAGAGGGGCUGACGUGCAGAAAAAAUAAAUAAUUUAAUUUUGUUUUGUUUGGUACUUACACUUCAUAUUGAUAUACGUUGAACUUGAGACUUAAGGUAUCUGUCUAGUCUGUAGAUGUUGAGAAAGUGAAACAUUUAAAUGCAUAAUUGCUGGAUUUGUUUAGACCCAGAAUCUGCUGAGCUCCUUCGCGCCAGCGUGGCCAUGUUUCUUAUGAACUAUUUAUCAAGUGAGGUAAUGUUUACUUCAUUACAUAUUUAUUGGGAUUCCCCCUCGUUUUACUCAAGAAAAUCUAAUUCUGACAGCCAGUAAAGCGUGGGCCUCUACAAACGCGGAAAGACCGUUUAAUUGCAAUCACUAUGAUCUUUUGGUUUCUUCGAACGUUUAAGAUAGUACAAUCGAGAGAUUUAUGAAAUAGUUUUCACUUUUGAAAAUUAUUUUGUGUAUGUUUUCUGGUUAUUUAUUUGUAUAAAUAUGCGCGCAUCAUCGUUGCUUGUUGAAUUCACUUUGUUUAAUGUUUUCUUAAGUAAAAGAAAGACUGAUUUCAUUGACGUAUAUGUGUACAAUGUAAAUAUAUUAUUGGGACAUUUCAAUGCACAUUUAAAUAUGCGUACAGGUUUUUGCUGUAUAACUGUUUUAGCUGAGGUGACCCCUACCUGUAAUGUCUGUUGCUUUAGGUUUAC